AAAAUAAAAUUUUAUACUUCUUGGCAGCGGGCAGCGGGAAAAAUACAUAACAAAAACAGAUGUUGCUGUUUUUAUUUUAACAAUAAAUUAUACCGAGAAAAAUCAGCAUGUGGAUGAAAACAGUGUGCAGGAAAACGGACUUGAACCUGAAACUUGUUCUAAACGGUGGGCAAUGCUUUAGGUGGAAGGAAACAGAGCCAGGUACUUGGACAGGCGUGAUAGAGGACCUAGUCUGGCAAAUCCGAUGGGGCCCAUCAGGAGAUGAUCAGCUGGAAUUUAAAGUCCAUGGGGUCAAAGGUCCCGAGCUUGAUGAAUUCCACCUGUCAAAGAGGCUCAUCCAGUAUCUUCGACUGGACACUCCUCUGCAGCCUCUGUAUGAAAUGUGGUCCAGGAACGACGAGAAUUUUAAGAAGAUUGUGGGUGACAAAAAUUUUGCUGGUGUACGAAUUUUAAAGCAGCACCCCCGAGAGAAUGUAUUCUCUUUCAUUUGCUCAUCAAACAACAAUAUCAGUCGAAUAAGCAGCAUGGUUGAGAAUCUGUGCAAGCUCUACGGAAAUAAAAUUUGUCAACUGGACGAAAAAGACUACUUCAGUUUCCCCACUGUCGAGCGUCUUGCUGAGCCUGGUGUUGAAAGCCAACUUCGCGCUAACAGCUUUGGAUAUAGGGCCCCUUUCAUUCAAAAAGCUGCUCGAAAAAUUGUGGAGAAUGGUGGUGACCAGUGGCUUCAUGGCUUGUCAAAAGUAGACUAUCCCCAAGCUAAGGAGUCUCUAAUAACUUUACCAGGGAUUGGUGCUAAGGUUGCGGACUGCAUCUGUCUAAUGUCCAUGGGCCACAUGCAAGCAGUUCCUGUUGACACUCAUGUGUUCCAAAUUGCAGCCAACUGGUAUUUACCUCACUUGAAGAAAAAUAAAACUGUGACCAAUAAAAUUUAUGAAGAAAUAUCUGGACACUUCCAAGAACUGUAUGGCCCUAAGGCUGGCUGGGCGCACACAGUAUGCUUUGUUUUAUUCUGCGCUGACCUGAAGAUGUUUCAACACUCAAGUACCUCAAUCAAGAAAUCUCCCAAAAAGAGGGAAGCUCAGACCCCUAAAAAGAUUUCAAAGAGGGCCAAAAGUAAACAAAUUUAAGUGUGUGAGCAACAUACUGUAUAUUUUAUGGAUUGACUAUAAAAUUUUUUACACUAAACAGA